AUGACCCAGAACCAGCAAACUGCAGUUCCCAAAUACGGUUUUAAAGUGAAAUUAGACCACGAGUAUCCGGUAAAAUGCACUCCCACCUUCAAACCCUCUUUGAAAAUUAUUUGGGGCAUGCUACCUUUAAUUUUAAGAUAUCUUUGGUAUUAUGUCGUACACAAAAUCAAAGGAAAAUCCAUAGUCAUGGACUACGUUAACUUGCAGGACUCAAAACAAAUUUACGGGGUGCCGAUCGGGGGUAUCGGAUCGGGUUCAAUCGGACGAGGCUACAAAGGGGAAUUUUGUAGGUUUCAGUUAAAGCCAGAUAAAUGCGAUUGGAACACUGUGGACGCGAAUCAGUUCAUAGUAACCAUCAAAGAUGAAAACCACAAAACGAUUUUCCAGAGUCUUUUGUCAACAUUUAAGAAAAAGAGGUUAAGGUGUUGGCAGAGUAAUAUAGAUGGCGCCAAGUGCACAUAUACUGGACUGUACCCGAGAUCUUGGACGGAAUACGAUUUGUCAGAAUACGGGGUGAAAUUGAUCUGUAGACAAGUCAGUCCGGUCAUUCCGCAUGAGUAUGAGGCGAGCUGUUUGCCUUGUGCUGUGUUCGUUUGGAACGUAGAAAACGUGUGCAAAGUAAAAAGAACGGUAACUAUAGCUUUCACAUUCAAAAAUGGAACAGGGUGUGACAAAACCGACAAAAAUUCGACUUGUAGCACCAAACCGUUUGCUUACCGCAACAAAGAGGGGGUUGUCCUCUACCACACGAUCAACAAAAUCAGAUGUACGUACACUUUAGCUGUCAAAACAGCGCGCGACGUUGCCGUAUCGCAGUGCUUAUAUUUCGAUCCGGGGUCGGAUGGCUCGACGGUGUGGGACCAGCUGGCUAGGGAGGGGCAGUUCGACAAAAGUCCAGAAAAGAAUCGCGGCCACGUCUUCGGAGAAAUGGCAUGCGGGGUUGCGGCCAAAACUACCCUAACCGGUGACGGCGGAUCGCAGAAAUUAGAAAUGGCGCUCGUGUGGGACAUGCCUGUGAUAAUGUACCCAGUUUCUCGGAAACGGUACUACAAGUACUACACGGAGCGGUUUGGCAAAGAGGACGCCGCAUUAAAGAUGGCCGACUACGCGUUGGAUCGAUAUAAGGAGUGGGAAAGCCGGAUAUUCCGGUGGCAGGGGGAUGUGUUGGACGAUGGGGCGUUACCGGGCUGGUUCAAGGCCGCCCUCUUCAACGAAACAUAUUUCGUUAGCGCCGGCUCUUCUGUAAGACUAUCUGUUAGCGAUGAGGACGCCGAGACCUUCGAAGAAAACGAUCCGAGGCGAAAGUACGGCAGAUUCGCUUAUCUCGAAGGUUUAGAGUAUCGCAUGUACAAUUCUUACGACGUCCAUUUUUACGCUUCUCACGCGCUCAGCGUCAACUGGCCCGAGUUGCAGAGAUGCCUCCAUUACGACCUCAGAGAUUUCGUUUACUCGCAAAUACCGGAAAAGAUGGAAAUGCUCUAUGACGGUGCUGUGGUCGAGAGGAAAAAGUCGGACACGGUGCCCCACGACGCCGGUGACCCGGGCGAGGCGCCCUUCCUGUCAAUCAACGCGUACAAUAUACACGACGUGAGUGGUUGGAGAGAUCUCAACCCGAAAUUCGUGUUGCAGACGUUCAGGGACGCGAACGCCCCGCCCCGUUUUGACCGGGCGUACAUCGACGCGAUGUAUGACGCGUGCGACAAGGUCAUGACAAGGUCGUUGGCAUAUGACCAGGACAACGACGGCCUGAUUGAGAACUCCGGUUUCCCGGAUCAGACAUUCGACACAUGGGUGAUGAGCGGCGCCAGCGCCUACUGCGGAGGCCUGUGGCUGGCCGCCCUCUACGCCAUGGUCCGGAUGUCGGAGGCAGUCGGAAAAACAAGGGACACUGAAAAGUACUCGAAAAUCCUGAACCGGGCCAAGAAGUCGUUCGAGAAGAAACUGUGGAACGGUCGGUACUACAAUUUCGACUGUUCCCGUGACCAUGCGGCCACGAUAAUGGCAGAUCAGUUGAACGGCCACUGGUACCUGUGCUGCGCGGGCGCAGGACACUCUUACCCGAUCCUGCCGAGGGACCACGUGCGGUCGGCCCUGAAAGCGAUCUUCGAGAACAAUGUCGUGAAGUUCUGCGACGGCGCCAAGGGAGCGGUCAACGGAUCUGUCAAUGGCGCGCCCGACACCAGCACCAUCCAGAGUCAGGAGGUGUGGACAGGGGUGACUUACGCGUUAGCGGCGACCAUGAUUUUCGAGGGCAUGACGGAGGAGGGCUUCCGGACCGCCGGCGGGAUGAUCGAUACGUUGACAUGCAUGUACGGCUUCGCAUUCGACACGCCCGAAGCGUUGUACGCGUCGGACCACUUCCGGUCAGUGGCGUACAUGCGCCCGCUGAGCGUAUGGUCGAUGUACCUUGCGUGGAAGUCGCUGAGAAAUACCUCAGAAGCCCAUUAAUGGACCAAAAUAUAUUUUUCUUUCGACCACAUACGCCAAAGUAUUAAUUAAAAAGUAUUGUCUGGCAAAAUGGUGCUUUAUUUAUUUCUGGGGGACUACGGAAUAACGACGACGAUUAAUCUUUCUCUCCGACUUUAUACAAGAUCAAACAUUCCAGAGUCAUGCGAACGUCGCGCCUUUAUCAGGUUACUGACGCGACGGCGUUGUCGGUGUUUUCUACGCCAGGAAUCUGCGUGUAUUAUUUGGCUCCAGCGCAGUUUUCUAGCCCAUUAAUGAAUACAGCGCU